AGAAACACUUGGAUUCGGAAUCAAUGGGAACCUUCUAGAACAAACAUGGCAAAAGGAAUUUUAUAGAAUUGGAACGCAGAUUUUUUAUGUAGAUGGGAUGGAUUGGGCGAUAGAAUUCUUAAGAUGUAAUAGAUUUGAACCUACUGGUGAAUAUAAAGAAAUUGCCAAGUAUGCAAAAAGCGUAGCUAUAAUUGAUAUUCGAAGUGAAUCAAAAAAG